GAUCCAGGGCGCGUUUUGCCGCCUGCCGGGAGGGCCGAGUGCGGCGAGCUCCCCGCCGAGCCGCCCCCUCCCCUCCCCGCUCCCUCCCGGAGGGUCCGGACGGGGCCGCCGUCGCCCGCACGUUUCGCCGUCCGCCGCCGGGGCUCCGCCAGCCGCGCUGGGCUCGUCGCGCCGCGGGGACCGGCAGCGAGGAGGGAGCCAUGAACCCAGCCGCGCCGAGCCGGCGCCGAGCCAGGCCAGCGUCGCCCCUCGCCGGUAGCCGCGGGCUGGCCGCGCCGCAGCCCUGAGUUGACUCUGUAUCACUACAGAGAGCCGCAAUGGGAGUGUGCAGUUUUCUAUUGAAAAAUUCUCUCAAGAGCUCAUGAUUUUUUUCCAUCUCUCCUCUUAACAUUUCUACUACUCCGCAGACAUGGCUCACCACGCAAGGCCUUCCAGAUUAGCCAAAAAGGAAGAGAUAGGCAAAAGGAAAACUAACCAGGGCAAAAAGAAAUCUAGCCAAGUGAGAAAGAAAACUGCAAAGACUUCCACAAAAGCUGUUAGUUCUGGAAAAUGCAAGAAGCCAGCACAAGAAAAAGAUGUUAAGAAAAAACAGCAAGAAAAGAAACCAAUCAUGAGCUCUUCAGGUAGACUUCUCAGGAGCAGUGUCACCAGAACCUUGUCUGGAACACCGUGGGUGAGUUUGGAGAAAGCUGACAAUAUCCUCUUUCAUAACCAGGAUGCUUUCAACUUCAAUGGCUUUACAAUGUCUCUUCGUAACCGAUCAUUCUCCCGUAGAUUUUCCCAAGCUCCAGUAAUUGCAAAACCUAGGAAAGUUGCAGCACAAAAAAGGCUAGAAACAAAGGAAAAGCAUGAACAAGAAGCCUUGGCAGUAGAAGAAGAAAAAAAUGUAGAAGCAGGUGAAAAAGCGUUGGAACAGGAUUCAGCACAAAACACGGUAGCUCCUCUGCCUGUAGAGGAUGCUCCACACAGCGCAGACGAAGAGCCUGCUGCCACAUGUGCCGGUCAAGAGGAGGAGGUAGAAGUACCUGAAACAAGUGAUGCUGUUCCAAGCAGUCAGGUAACUGACGGCGAUACUGAAGUGUUAGAGGUGGGAUCUCAGCAUGAAGACCUGCCCUGUGAGCAGAAGCCCGCUGAUCUCAAUGCAGAUAGUUCAGUUGAAGCAUUUGUUGAAGAUGCUGCACUUGUGCUUCCAUCUUCUGAUUCCAUAACUGCCUCUGAAUCAAACUCGAAGGAGCAUGUAGAGGUUCCCUUCGACCCGGUGCCUAACAGUCAAGAACCUGACUCCGGUUCUGUUGAUACCUCAGACCUCAGUUCAGCAGCAGCUGAAGAGUCAGCCCCGCUUGCUGAACCGCACACUGAAACGGAGUUGGACCUGGUGCUAGCUAGUGAAGAACAUGACUCGAGUUCUGCACCCAUAGUUACCUCUGAGUUUAACUCACAAGAACAUUUAGAAGAUUCGAGCUCGCUUGCAGAGUCCUGCUUAAAGGCAGACUGGGAUUUAGAAUCAGAGAAUAAAGACCUUGUUUCAAAUUCCAACUCUUUAUCUGCCACUGAAUCAAAUUCAGUUUUAUAUCUUGAAGGUGUAAGCUCGCCUGCAGAAUCCCCCAUGAAACUAGUUGUGGAUUUUGUAACCAUUCACAAAGAACUUGACUCAAAUUCAGAUUUGAGCUGUACCAGAGAGAUUUCAGAAUCUGACUCACAAAUCAUAUUUACAGCAUGUGAACCAGUUUCCGAUACCUCUUUAAGCAAUAUUGAAGUGGAGGAUAUUGAACAACUUGUUAAAUGUAUUGAUGCAGAGACAUUAAUUUUGAAUUCAGAUUAUGUCCCCGCUUUAUUGUCAGAUUUAGAAAAAAGCACAGUCAAUAAAAUCUCCAGUGAAAGCUCUGGACAAUUCUCUGAAGGUUUUGUUUCAGAGUUGCCUUCAAGCACGGAAAUCUCUGCUCUUGCCUCAGAAAAAGCCAUAAAUGCAGACUUGCCAGCUGACUCAAGACUGCAGCAUAAUGAUUAUUCAUCACAGCUGGGAAGUGUUGGAAUAAGCUUGAAUUUGGUUCAGGACAACGUGAGCGACAGCACUGAAGCUGUUGAGGCCUCAGGGCCAUCCUCUCGUACAAAUCCAGCUGGUGAUCACCCUGUUCCUUAUUCAACUCUGCUCCCUAUGUUAGAGAAAAAGAAACGAAGGCGUUGUGGAGUCUGUGAGCCCUGUCUGCGGAAGACAAAUUGUGAAGAAUGCAGCUGUUGCAGGAAACGCAAAACCAGUCACCGGAUAUGUAAAAAGAGAAAAUGUGAAGAACUGAAAAAGCCACCACCGCCGAUCACACUACCUCUUGAGGUGCUAACUGAAAACAAAAGGCCUCAGAGGAGGAAGCAAAGAGUUUUUAAGGCAAAUUUAGAAAACAAACCAGUAAAUGGCCGCAGACCAGAACUCAUGGAAUGCAGUAUAUGUGGUCAUGGUGAAAAAUACAGGGUGAAAACGAACCAAACACAACCCUUUGAAAAUGUACAGUCUAAGGAGAAAGAAAGAAUGACAGGCUUAGAAGCAGAGAAGUGGGCACAUAACGAGAAGCCAUCCUUUGGUGUCCAUGUCAACGGAGAUAUCCACGGAACUGUGACAGGCCAUGAACACUUGAAAAAUGCUGAAGGAAGUGAAAGAGCAGUCUCUCCCAGUCAGUUAGCUGAGCCAAAAAAAUCAUUUGCACAGACCAUCAAAAAUGGCAUAAAAACUUUACAUUAUUCACCACCAGAAGCAGUUGCUUCACUGAAAAAAGCAUCUGUAGAGGAAAGGACAGAUGUGACGAGCAACUCCCAUGCCCCAUGGACCAAGGCUACUAAUCUGAAUAACAUAGUAAACACUCUGGCGACGGGUGUUAGCUGUGUUCACCCAGACAAACACGGGAACCUUUUCAUGAAAGAGGAAAACUGCGCUUGCAGUGUCCUCCAGAAUUCUGACAAAUCGGUGUUGCCCACUGGUUCCAUUUUGGAUCUGCGAGAAAGCUCGUGCUGUCCUCUGCUGCUUGAAGAGGGAGCACAUGUACAGAAGGAUGGCUUUAAAGUACCUAAUGCAGAGACACAGCAUGAGAACUCUUCACUCCAGCCAACUUUCUUGUCCCUGAUUAAAAACAGAAAUUUAACUGUAGAGCAGGUUGUAGCUAUUGAAGCUUUAACACAGUUAUCUGAAGCCCCUUUGGAAACAACUUCACCACCUAAAACUCAAAGUACUGAACAUACAGAAGAAACAACUUCCAACUUGCUCCACAGUUAUAAAAGGGAUAUUUCAUCCUCCUUCACAUCUUCUACAUUAAAAGAAAUCAAAGACACUUACUUGCAGAAUGAACAACAGCUCUUGGCUCACUGUGCUCACUCACAGAAGCAGCUCCCUAAUAAGGCUGUGUUAUACAAUGGCCAAAGUUCAAUUUCUGAGUCGCGCGAUAAACCCGUCAAUCUGGCUAGUGAGAUGUAUAAAUUACAGUUAUCCUCAAGAGAUACCAAAACUUUAUCUGAUUUAACAUGUAAUGCAAAAUCAUUUUCAGGACACGCUACCAAGAACUACGAUCCAGUCACCCUUGUGCGGUAUUGCAACGCUUCACAUAACGUCCAACAUGCAGGUAACAACUUGGAUGCUCUUGGCCAGUUAGACCAAAAGCCAGCCUGUAACGAUUUGAGCUUGGAAACGAGUUCUUUGAUUAAAGAAGGAGGAAUUCACAGCCAGGAUGAAGAGGAUGUAGCUACACAACUAACUCAACUCGCAGCAUUAAUUGAAUCAAACCGGACAAAUCCAGAGCAGAAGAAUGACAUAAAGGCGUCGCUACUUAACCUAAUAUCACAUGAGAGGCAGCCAAAACAUAACCAAGAUCUGUUGCAGAGAAAGGAGUCUGUAUUUUUUAGGCAUAAUUAUAGUUCCUUACUGUUAAAGCAAAAACAAUCAUCAAAUAAAAAAGGCAAUGCUGUACCAUGGAAACCAAGACACAAAAAAAAGCCUCAAGAAGCACGCUAUCAGCAAAUUAAUCAAAACCAGCUAGAGUUGCUGUCAUGCCAACAUAGUGAGUUACAGGACAUGUGGAUAUCAUCAAAACUGCACAAGCUUGGUCAAACCGUGCCACAGGACUCCAGAAUAGCUCCAUCUGAAAAAAAAUCUCCAAGAACCAAAGUACAUAAAGCACUGAAUCAAAAUACUUUAGCAUCACAGGAAAAACCUCGGUUAUUUCUCCCACAAACACAGAUAAAAUUCCAUAGGUGCUUACCUGAGGUACCCCAGGAGAAAAAAAAAGACAGGUUGUUUGGCUCUGAAGUGAUGAAUGAGCAAAUCAAAACUGCAGGCUCCGGUGACCCACUAGGCGUCGAUCCACUGAAAGAUGAUGUUGCAUGUAACCAGUAUGGUCAUCUGCCCUCCCGUAAUCUUCUGGCUGUUUCACAGCUGAAAACAGCAUCCGUGUUGAACAGACCAAGUGAAAACAUACAGAUGUUUACAGAAAAAUGCAAUUCUCAGGUACAGCAAGCAGUGAAUGUCAGUCAGGCACAUCCUUUGCCUCAGACCUUUAAUCAGUCUAACCUGAGAGCUAAUGAAAUGCGCAGCGAAGACAUAGCCUAUGUUCCGCAGGGUGCUGCCGAACAAGGGGAUGCAAAGGCGCAGGUGCUGCCUGGUCCCUGCAGUGGGGCUCCGGUGCCAGGUGCUGCGGAAGCUCUCAGGACGAUGGAGUGUGCAGGUGAAAUUACUGUUCUGACGUCAACGAGUUUGGGUGCUGACCACCCUCCGAGCACAGGGGACUCAGGGUGUUCUCCAGUAAAAAACACACUCAGCAGCUUUCUUGAAUCACCUAUGAAGUUUCUUGAUACUCCUACGAAAAAUCUAAUAGAUACGCCUACAAAAAAAGGACAAUCUGAAUUGCCAACUUGUGACUGUGUUGAGCAAAUUAUUGAGAAAGAUGAAGGCCCGUAUUACACCCACCUCGGGACAGGACCAAGUGUUGCUGCUGUGAGAGAAAUAAUGGAGAACAGGUAUGGAGCAAAAGGAAGCGCUGUAAGAAUAGAGGUAGUGGUUUAUACAGGAAAGGAAGGAAAAAGCUCUCAGGGGUGUCCGAUUGCCAAGUGGGUGAUACGAAGAAGUAGCGAUGAGGAAAAGUUGCUGUGCUUGGUACGUCAGCGUGCAGGACACCACUGUCAAACCGCCGUCAUAGUGAUUCUCAUACUGGCCUGGGAGGGGAUCCCUCAUCUCCUGGCAGACACGCUGUACAAAGAACUGACGCAGAGCCUCAGAAAAUACGGCUGUCCCACAAGCCGCAGAUGUGCAUUAAACGAAGAUCGUACUUGUGCAUGUCAAGGACUUGAUCCAGAAACUUGCGGAGCAUCAUUCUCAUUCGGCUGUUCAUGGAGUAUGUAUUUCAAUGGAUGUAAAUUUGCAAGAAGCAAAAACCCCAGGAAAUUUAGGCUUCUCACUGAUGACCCUAAACAAGAGGAACUUCUUGAAAAUAAUUUGCAAACUUUAGCUACUGAUGUGGCUCCGGUUUAUAAAAAGCUUGCUCCUGAAGCUUUCCAGAACCAGGUGGAAAAUGAACACAUGGGCCCAGACUGUCGGCUUGGAUCCAAGGACGGUAGGCCUUUCUCUGGUGUAACAGCUUGCAUAGAUUUCUGUGCCCAUGCCCAUAAGGAUACACAUAACAUGCACAAUGGAAGCACUGUGGUGUGUACAUUAACAAAGGAAGAUAACCGGAGAGUGGGGGUGAUUCCAAGUGAUGAACAGCUCCACGUGUUACCUCUCUACAAAAUCUCACAAACAGAUGAAUUCGGCACUGAGGAAGGAUUGGAAGCUAAGAUAAAAGCCGGAGCCAUACAGGUGCUCACUGCAUUUCCCAGAGAAGUACGAAUGUUAGCUGAGCCUCUUAGAGCUACAAAGAAAAAGAAACCUGACACAAGGAGGACCCCAACUGAAAAGCAGCCAUUAAUAGACAAAAAAUAUUCAACACCAGUAAAGCUGAAAACUGAAGCACCAGAAAAUCUGAGCAACACGUUGCAUUGUUUAGGGAACAAAACAGAUGCUUUAAAACCUGGAAUAAAAAUGGAGACUUCCGACCACCUCUAUGCCAUGAAACAUACUUCAAACACUACUAAAAAUUGCUCCUUAUUAAAACAGUAUACAGCUUCCCCCCCUUUCAAGGUGGAUAGUUUACAUCCUUAUUCAUCGUUAGCACAUAAGCCUGGCCUAACGGCAGUGACUAAUAUUCAACAAGAUUUUUCAGUUCCCUACGGGUAUUUUGAAUGCAGUAGUAAGCAACCUCACGUGACACCUUAUAUUAAUUGUAAGAACUUUGAUGUGUCGGUCAAAGAUUAUACUGGAAUUUUGCUGAAUGAUAAGAUGAAUGGUGUGCCACCAAUUCUUCCAGAGGUCACUGCUCCAGGCCCCCCAGCCCAUAAAGACCCCCUGCCCAGUAUACUUGAACAUCAGCCAGACAAGCAGAAUUGUCAGCCUCAGUUAGACAAUUCUCCUUCUUCGCAGAUGAUCAGCUCUUGCAAUUUGUCAGUACCGCAGAGCUCUCCAGCAAGGGACGCAGUUGGAAAUGAAGCUGACUGUUCCCACGGGUGCCCAAUGGAGAAGGGUGGCUCCCUUCAAGAACAGAUGUGUGAUUUUGACUGUGCUGACGAAAAGCAAAACACUGCACUGGGACAACCAACUGAUUCUGAAGAAAAAGCUGAGGAACUGUGGUCAGACAGCGAGCACAAUUUUUUGGAUGAUGACAUUGGCGGUGUUGCUGUGGCACCUUCUCAUGGUUCUAUCUUAAUUGAAUGUGCAAGACGUGAACUCCAUGCUACCACACCUAUUAAAAAACCCAACCGCAAUCACCCCACACGGAUUUCCUUAGUUUUCUACCAACACAAAAAUUUAAAUGAGCCAAAACAUGGGUUAGCCAUGUGGGAAGCAAAGAUGGCUGAGAGGGCAAAAGAAAAAGAAAAAGAAGCAGAACGAUUAGGAACAGAGAAUACUGAACUGAACUCUAGCAGCAGGAAAACAAAGCAAACAAGUGAAAACAGAGAGAUUUUUUACGAAGACAAUGAGUUCAACCAAAUUCCAUCACGCAGAGCAUUAACAGUAACUAAAGAUAACGUAAUAACAGUAUCUUCUUAUGCCCUUACACGAGUUGCAGGGCCUUACAACCAUUGGGCAUAGGUUUUAGUAUCGAAUGCCUCCUCUUGGUGCAGCAUUACACAGUGUUUCUUUAAGGUGCUGUUAAAGAACAAGUCUCGUGUCGUUUACUAUUUGCUCAUCUCAACCAUUUUAAGGCUGAGGUAAAAAAAAAAAUGUGGGGGGAUUUCUUCUUAAACUGUGACUUUAACAUUUGGUGGUGCUCAAGCACAUUUUAAGC